AUCUUUAGCCGGUAAAGAUCGAACUUUCUUUUUCCUGAGAGAUACAAAAGUUUGAUAUUAUCAACCAACUGGAAUAAAUACAACAAUCUUGGAAGUGUUCUUUCUUUUUGAGAUAAAACUUUGCACAAAUUAUUGCCAAAACAUGGGCUUAACGUAAAGGCAACUCCUGAAUUGGCAUAUAACUUCCAUGAAUUGAGAACACAACGAAACAAACCAAAAGAACAUAUUCCUAUUGUUCACGAAGUACAGGGCAAAAUAGAACAACAAAUUAUAUUGAGUUUAUGAACUCUAAUAAGACUGUAAAAGCUUCUCAUCAUUUAUUUGGGAAAUAUAAAGAAUAAAUUUAGAUGUGUAAAAUGGAGCCGACAACCUGCAGACUACUAAGAGAGAUAACAUAGGGAUAAGCAGUAUAUAUUCCAAAUACUUAGAAUUGAAGAGCCGAUUAUCCUUGAAGAGAGAUAUGAUAGGAAGAGUAAAUGUAAUAAGAAUAUUUGAGGUCAUCCAAUCCAAUCAUAUUUAUUAAGGAUGCCUUUUGAAGAGCCACGCCGAAUAAAGUUCGCUUGGAAAGAGAGAUCUCAAAUUUGGAAUAGAAUAAGAUCUCGCAUCCUCUGAAACUUAUUUAGAUUAGGUGGGAGUUGUGAGAUCUCACAUUGGUUGGAGAGGAGAACAUCCUCUAAAUCUUGUUUAAAUUAGGAGAGAGUUGUGAGAUCCCAAAUUAGUUGGAGAGGGAAACGAAACAUUCUUUAUAAGGGUGUGGAAACAUCUCCCCAAUGAACGUGCCUUAAAACCUUGAAGGAAAGUCCUAAAGAGAAAACCCAAAGAGGACAAUAUCUAUUAGUGGUGGGCUUAGGAUGUUCCAAAAGCAAUCUCGACGAGUUUGAUCCUAGAUAAUGUCUCAACACAAUGUAUUAACAAUUCUCCUAUCAAUUACUAGCUUCUAGCUUUUGAGAGACUUGAUGAUCUAUCUCAAAUAAUUAUUUAUUUCUUGGAGCUAACCUAACAUACUUAUCAUAAAAAAAAAAGAUCAGAAGUGUUUUUAACUAAUGAUCAUGAGACAAGUGGCAGCCAAUUCAAAUAAUAAUUACUUCAUAUCUAUGCUGUCAAUGUCAAAAAUAUAAGGGCACCAAGGCAGGCAAAGUGGAUAUUACAAGAGCCACAUUAGUUUAAACAACACCAAUCAAAAGAACCUAUGUCAUAUCUCUUUCAACCAAAUAUAUAAACGAGUUCAGGACAAAAUAAAGAGAACCACUAACUCAUUUACUGCAAAUUAUUAGAAUGAAACAUGUAAAACAAAGGAAGCCUAACUUUUACCCUUAUAAAUCCUUAAGAAAUCCUUAGGAAGCCAAAGAAAUAGAAUUAAUUGGAGUUCAUCAGCAUCCCAAGAGUGUGAUCCAUGGUAAAAAGAAAAGGGAGGAAAAAGAAAGAUUUAGGACAUUUGGGGUGACCCCACAUUUCUCCUCUCUAAAUCUCUACCGUUCAACUCAUCCUUCCCUUCUCUAUUUAUACAGACUUCCCAUUUUGUUUAGAGUCUCAAGACACUGGUGUCUUUAUUCUGCAACUAUCAUCAGCAUUACUUCACCAACUUCCUCCCGCCCGCCCCUGCUCUGCUCUGUUCUGCUCUUUUCCUAUACUUCAACAUCAUUCAUCAAUGGCUUGCUUGGAGAUUUGCAACCAGAAUUUGCAGGGUGAUGAGACUAAAGAAGAGAGGGAAAUUUGCACUCUUGAUGGGACUAUUGAUUGGCAUGGCCAACCUGCAAUCCGGUCAAAAACGGGAGGAUGGGUUGCUGGAAUCAUCAUACUCUUGAAUCAAGGUCUUGCAACUCUUGCGUUCUUUGGGGUUGGUGUGAACUUGGUGUUGUUCCUGACAAGAGUUUUGCAGCAAAACAAUGCCGAUGCAGCCAACAGUGUAAGCAAAUGGACCGGGACGGUCUACAUCUUCUCUCUUGUUGGGGCUUUCCUCAGUGAUUCGUACUGGGGAAGGUACAAAACUAGUGCCAUUUUUCAGAUCAUCUUUGUCAUUGGCCUGGUUUCACUUUCCAUAACGUCACAGCUCUUCCUGAUCAAACCAAAAGGUUGUGGGGAUGAGAACACCCCAUGCGAGUCACAUUCAAGAUUGGGGACUGCAUUGUUUUACCUCUCCAUUUACCUUAUUGCACUAGGAAACGGGGGAUAUCAACCAAAUAUUGCCACACUUGGAGCAGACCAAUUUGAUGAAGAAGACUCCACAGAGGGGCACUCAAAAGUGGCAUUCUUUAGCUACUUCUACUUGGCGCUUAACUUGGGUUCUCUCUUCUCAAACACCAUUUUAGGGUACUUUGAAGAUGGAGGACUGUGGGCUCUGGGCUUCUGGGUGUCAACUGGCUCAGCUUUUGCAGCAUUGGUUUUGUUUCUUUGUGGAACGCCAAGGUACAGGCACUUCAAGCCAAGUGGUAACCCUAUCCCAAGAUUCUGCCAAGUCAUUGUUGCUGCUGCUAAGAAAUCAACAGUCAAGAUGCCAUCAAGUGAAGAUGAACUAUACAACGUUGAUGGCAAGGACUGUUCAAUGAACCAUAGUAGAAAGAUAUUUCACACCCAUGGGUUCAAGUUUUUGGAUAGGGCUGCAUAUAUCUCAUCAAGAGAUUUGGAUAACCAAGGACAAGGUAUUGACAAUCCAUGGCGCCUCUGUCCCAUCACACAAGUGGAAGAGGUCAAGUGCAUUUUAAGAUUACUUCCUAUUUGGCUCUGCACCAUAAUAUACUCAGUGGUCUUCACUCAAAUGGCUUCCCUCUUUGUCGAGCAAGGCGCUGCCAUGAAAACUACUGUUUCAAACUUCCACAUCCCACCUGCAAGUAUGUCGAGUUUCGACAUUCUCAGUGUGGCAGUUUUCAUUUUCCUUUACCGCCGAGUCCUAGACCCACUAGCAGGAAAACUUAGAAAAUCAGAUUCUAAAGGGUUGACUGAGCUUCAGAGAAUGGGGAUUGGUCUCAUCAUAGCAGUGAUGGCAAUGGUUUCAGCAGGAAUAGUGGAGUGUUAUAGGCUAAAGUACGCCAAAGGCGAGUGCACACGCUGUGAAGGCUCGAGCUCCCUAAGCAUCUUUUGGCAGGUUCCACAAUAUGCAUUUAUAGGAGCUUCCGAGGUCUUCAUGUACGUGGGACAAUUGGAGUUCUUCAAUGCACAAACCCCAGACAGAUUGAAGAGCUUUGGUAGUGCACUUUGUAUGACAUCUAUCUCUUUGGGGAAUUAUGUCAGUAGCUUUCUGGUCACUGUCGUAAUGAAAAUAUCAACAGAGGAUCACAUGCCAGGCUGGAUUCCAGGAAACCUGAACAGAGGUCAUCUAGAUAGAUUUUACUUCCUAUUAGCUGGAUUGACAGCAAUUGACUUUGCAGUGUAUAUUCUCUGUGCUAAAUGGUACAAAUGUAUCAAAUUGGAGGGCAAGUGUGAAGAAAGUGAAGACCAGGAGCACAUCAAGGUUUGAUUUGAAGAAAUAUAAACAAGAGCGAGACCGGUUUGAUGCAUAUUUUCUCAGUUUGUGUUAGAAUAAAAGGAAUGGGGCCUAAAGUGUCAGAAGCCUAUUAUUGGCUCAACUCUUAACACCCAAUUCUUUCCGCUUUCUACAACAUCUGACCAAAUAAUUUCAAGUCAUGUUAAGAGCAAGGAUGGCGUGUAAUGACCUGAAGAUUUCUUGUGCAAGACCUUCCAUGUUUUACCUUGUAAAGCGAAGUAUUCACUAGAGGACUUUGACUUCUUUUUUCCUUUUGCUCUUUUGUUUUUCCUUUUCUAUGAGGGGAAGCUAGUCUGGAAAAUCACUCAGCCAUCAUUUUCUAUCUAUCAACUAGUGCAUGAAAAUAAAGCACUCUCCUUUGCCUUCUUAAAUUGGUAUGACGAAAAAAAAUUAAGCAAGGUAAGAUAACCACACCUUCUGGUGCUUCCACCUUGUUUGUUCUAAUUUAUAUAUCUCAUCGCAUGUCCUCCUAG